UCUCUCUCUCUCUGGGUCUUUCCUAUAAAGAAGAAAGACAGUAGUUCAGAAUUAUCAAACACAACAACCGUAGAGAAACGAAAAAAAAAUGGAGAAAGAGUACGCGGGUCACGUUGUAGUGAUCCCAUAUCCGAGCCAAGGCCAUAUCAACCCUCUCCUCCAAUUUGCAAAACGUUUAGCCUCCAAAGGAGUCCGGGCCACCUUAGCUACAACUCGCUAUACAACCAAGUCUAUCUGUGCACCAAACAUCGGCGUCGAGCCCAUUUCGGAUGGCUUCGACGUGGGUGGCUUUGCGCAGGCGCUAAACGGGGACCUCUAUCUAAAGUCAUUCAAGGCUAAUGGCUCAAGAACCCUAUCUGAACUCAUUCAUAAAUACCAAGAAUCGAGCUCUCCUGUCACUUGUGUUGUUUAUGAUUCGUUUCUGCCAUGGGCGCUUGAUGUUGCUACUCAACAUGGUAUUUACGGGGCCUCCUUCUUCACCAAUUCGGCCACUGUAUGCCAUAUAUUCUGUCUCAAACACCUGGGCAUCCUUUCGCUGCCAGUAAAUCUGGAAAACGAACCUCUGUUGGUUCCUGGCCUGCCUCCUUUGAACUUUCUCGACCUGCCAAGUUUUCUUAAGUUUCCAGAAAGUUACCCAGCCUACAUGGCCAUGAAAUUGAAUCAGUAUUCCAACUUGCACAUGGCUGAUUGGAUAUUUUGCAACAGUUUCGAAGAAUUAGAAGGCGAGGCAGCGGAAAGCAUAUCACAGCUGUGGCCAGCAAAGUUGAUCGGUCCAAUGGUUCCAUCGGCUUAUUUGGAUGGGAGAAUUGAAGAUGACAUAGGAUACGGAGCAAGUCUGUGGGAGCCACUAAGCAAAGAGUGCAUCAAAUGGCUAGAAAAAAAGCCACCUAGGUCAGUACUUUAUGUCUCCUUCGGAAGCAUGGUCUCCUUGACAGCAGAACAGAUGGAGGAGAUUGCUCGGGGCCUGCAGGAGAGUGGCUCAUAUUUCCUCUGGGUCGUGAAAGAAUCUGAGCAAGCUAAAUUGCCUGAAGGGUUCGUGGAGUACUCGGCAAAAGAAAAGGGUCUGCUGGUGACAUGGUGCAACCAACUAGAAAUGCUGGCGCACCAAGCCAUAGGUUGCUUUGUAACGCACUGUGGGUGGAACUCAACCCUCGAAGGGCUUAGCCUUGGAGUGCCGAUGGUGGGAGUGCCUCAGUGGGCUGACCAAUUGACUGAUGCCAAGUUUGUGGGGGAGAUUUGGGAGGUGGGGCUCAGAGCCAAGGAGGAUGAGAAGGGAGUUGUGAGAAAAGAAGAAUUUGUAAUGUGUUUGAUGGAAGUAAUGGAGGGAGAGAGGAGGCAUGAGAUUAAGAAAAAUGCUAUGAAAUGGAGGGAGUUGGCUAAACAAUCAGUCAGUGAAGGAGGGAGCUCUGAAAAGCGUAUUAAUGAAUUUGUGGAGCAGUUGAUGUUACGUGUUAAUGAUAAAACUACAGGAGAAUUAGCAAAUUAGAACAUCUCGAAUGGUCGUCAACUGGCCAACCACGUAGCUUAGAGAGAACUGGAUUUGCACGUGCGUUUGUGUCUCUGUGUGUGAAUGGUCGAGUACCACGUACUGGCCAUAAUUAAUCUGGUUGUUGGCCCAUUAAUUUCCUCUGCUGUCGUUAUUGUUGUUAUUAUUGUAUUGGCUUAUGGUUUUAUAUGGGAAUUAUAUAUAUAUAUAUAUAUUUAUUACAUAUAUAUGGCCAACCACGUAGAUUAGAGAGAACUGGAUUUGCACGUGUGUUUGUGUUUGUGUCUGUGUGUGUGAAUGGAAUUAAUAUAAUAUGGUUGUUGGCCCAUUAA